UCCUAUCAAUUUAUGUUUUAUUCAGUUAAAAGAGCCUUCUUUACGUUUAACAAGCUCUACUUGUAAACAUAUUGCAUUCGUAACCGAUUUUCUAAAUAGUAUUGUUCUAUACAUACAGUGAUCUAUAAUCACAAUAACAUCUUUAACGUGAUAUUUUUAUGUUAAUUUAAGUUAUUCAGUUUAAAUAAGACAUUAAAUAUCAAAAUUCAAAAUGUCCAUAUUUAAUACCAUGACUAAGAUAUCGCGAAAAUCAAUUUUAUUUUUAACUGCUACAUUCGCAAUGUUAUAUUUGUCUAUUCCUUCAAUUACUUCAAGUAUUAACUCGGAGCGAGUUUCAAACGACAAAAGUGUUACGAGCAAUACAAGUGUAAACUGGUGCAAGGAAUUGCACUGGCGAAAUCCGCCCCUGCCCUUUGCAAUAGCACUUGCAUCUUAUCCUGGUAGUGGGAAUACUUGGCUUAGGUAUCUUUUGCAGCAAGCCACUGGUAUUGUUACGGGUUCGGUAUCUUUGGAUUAUAGUCUUCGUAAACGAGGAUUUCCCGCUGAAAAUAUAUCUGAUGGCUCAGUACUUGUUGUGAAAACUCAUAAAUACCCACCUAAACAUCUUCGAAAAUUCGAAUCAGCCGUGUUGCUGAUCAGGAAUCCAAGAGACGCUAUACUGGCGGAAUUUAAUAGAAUCAUUAGUGGGCACACAGGCCUUGCCCCGAAAUCUGCUUUCGAGAUGAAAGUACGGGCCCCAAAGAGAAUUUCGACACAACGUGGGUCUUGGCUUCCGACCAAACAGUAUUCCAACGCCGCUUGUACUGUACAAACUCUUGCCAGUAGAACGGUUGAAGAUCUGGGAAGACGGCGUUACUCCAACGUUUGGUUUCCUUUUGUUUCAUUACAAUUGAGAAAAUGGGAGUUUUUUCAUAAUUUAUGGUUAACAAAAUAUCCUGGACCGGUGUAUAUAGUGUUUUAUGAGGCAUUAUUGAGCGAUACUCGGGGUACACUUCAAGGGAUACUGAGUUUUUUAAAUAUCACUGUUACUGAGGAGGACAUCAAUUGCGCGCUUUUGAACAAAGAUGGCCUAUACAAACGAAAUAAAAAGUACAAAAACUUCGACCCAUUUACUGAGGAUAUGUACAGACAGAUAAACAAAGUUAAAACAAGAGUAUAUACUAAAAUCAUUGAUUCAACAAAAUGAGACGGAAUGCCGUAAAUGAAAUGAUUAAAAGAUUUUGAUGAAUAUU